AUUAUAUCCCCUCCAGCACGCAUAGCUCGCAUAGCACGCCUCGCCCACCCGUCCUGUCCUUAAAGUCCCUAUUAGCCAUUCUGCGGCCCUCCACGUCCCGCCAUGGCCCCUGGCCCGCCAAACGAGCGCGCCCAUAAACACCACGAGCCCUCCAUUUCUUCCCUUCUCACCGAUGACAGCGACCAAGCCGACCAAGCCUCGUCCCUAUUCCCGGUCCCAAUACACCCCCUGGAGUCGAUGCAGGGCCCCUUUGAGGAGUCCAUGCUCGACGCAACGGGGGACUCGCCCUCUUCACCCUUCCAAAGUCCUGCCCAAAACGCCGAGUUGCGACACCAGGUGCUGUGUAAAGCCAGCUCAAAGGCCCUAGAAAGCGAGUGGAACUUCACCUACAACUGCUACUGGCGAGACAACCCACGAGCCAAAUUCCAUCCCCUACGAAAAACUGUCGCCCAGGUAGCGUUCGGCGUGCACCUGCUCCACCAACAUCUGGAGAAGUCGGUGUCGGACGUGGCCGACAUUUUGCAGAAACAUGUCCACGAGCUGGACACCUUUCUUCAACGCGCCAACGAGGAUAUGGAGAGCGGGCUCAAGGAUAUGUUGUUCCGGUGCAAUUGCCUCCAGGUGCCCAUGGAACAUGUCAGCGAGUUUGACCGCCUCCUCGAGGAUCGCCAAUAUCGAGCGCAGCUUCUGGACGGGAACAUCACGAUCGAGCGCACCAUACAGCGCAUGUCGCAGGUGAUGAAUGACUACCUUGUUGAUCUACAAACGCUCAAGGACGCCAACAACGAGUUGGACACUUAUUUGGAAAAUAUUGGAGACGAGUGGACGGACGAGAACGACGAUGUUGGGCGCAUCUAUUCAGCGAUGUGUGGAAAUGCCCUAGGAUGGUCUCAGUAUGUGCAGAAUCUCAUCUCGAAAACGGAAAAGUUGGGACUAGUGCUGGUUCGUGUAGGCAGCUACUGCAACGAGAUCGAGAAGCGUUGCGGUGCUGCCAGUAGGAGAAGCCUAAUUGCAAGCAGAUCAUCAUCCCGCAAUUCGAGUUCCAAGGACGGUGUUCGCUCUUUCAAGAACUUCGCCGACAACAAGCCUCUACCAACCGUUCCGAAAGAUCAAUAUUCCAAGGGCAGCUUAUCCCCGCCCAGAAGUGCCUCCGCAAGUGGCCACUACAAUUACCCAGAGAAGCGUCAAUCAUCGUUGACAGGAGAGGUACAGCAGGCUGCCGGCAGAAGUGGAUCCACACCAGAUCUAGCUUUGGUAGAGCGGCAGCAUAAACCAAUCGAGUCUGCAAAGGACUCUAGGACACAUGUACAAGACAAGAAACGAACGUCGAAACUGGAUGACAAGACACUUUUGUCUGGAAAUAUCUCCGAUCCACUCGAACCUGGAGACGACAAGUCCAUCGAAAGAGGGAGGUCACGUCACACCGGGAAAGGGAAAUACUCUGAGCCCGAGAAGAACGGAACUGUCGAUUUCUCACCAUCGGACACAAGCACUAUGAAGAACAGACUCGGGAACAGAGACACAAGCCCACCUCUCACUGCGCAAGACUCAGCUUACUCCUCGGUAUCGGGGUCGUUCGCAUCUCCAGCAAUAAUCCCUUCUAUAGCAUCUCCCACUCCAAUAUCCCAACGUCGAGUAACUCUCGGUCUGUUCCCAAGCAGUGCCCCACCAACGCCGAAAUUUGCCCCUGGAGGUCAUAGCAACGCCUCAGGUCUCACCCUGCCACUGUACACAAGGCCACUUCUUCAAGAGGAACGGUCUCAGUCGCAGCUUAGCAGUCGGAGCGCACGCCGAAUGCUCAAGAAGCCCAGUCUAUCGUCGCUAAAGAAUUUUUUUACACGCAAGAAAGCGUCGAACACCGUAGGAGUGAUCAAAGAGUGAAGGCGCUCAACAAAAGUUACGAUUUGAUUAAAUUCUUCUUCGAUUUUCUGGCGGACUUUUCCAGGAAUCUCAUCCUGUCAUAUUUUGUUAUAUACCCCCAAUCGUUGGCACUACUCCUAAAGGUUGUAUAAUGGGUGGCACCCUGUUGUUUGCUGUGUAAUACGACUUGCUUUUCCUUUCAGUGUAAUGGACAUGGAUGAGUUGAUGAUUAAUUCGGUGCUGGUGGCGACCAAACCCCAAAAUAAAACGCUGCGCGGCUUUGUAUGUCGCAUGCUUUGAGCGAUCCGAAACUGUACGUAAAAUGCCUCCCGUUGGUCUAUCGGUCUAGCUGUAGUCUUCAUGCAGAGACAUUACCGUUCUAAGACUACACAUCCACUGUCAUCGCUUCCUGACUCGGGUGACAGGUGGAAGGUCUCCUGGAGUAAGUUAGCUUGCGCCCUAAAUGCCAAUUCCUGCACGUGCUG